CAAGAUAGACCUUGACACUUCUAGCCGUCAGCAAGAUCCCGCAUAGCCUAAAACAGCAUAGUUGAUCGAGGUCGGACACGAGUCAUCGAUCAUGUCAGCAUCAGCACCUAAAGCGAUGUCGAGCGAGUCGUCCAGGAUCGUCAAGACCGUCUUUCUCGCUCUCGUGCUCGACCUGCUCGCCUUUACCCUCCCGCUCCCCCUCUUCCCUCGCCUGAUCGACUACUACACCUCCCAAGAAUCAUCCAACCCAAACUCUUUCCUCUCCCGCGUCCUUUCCCUAUUCCGUUCCUUCCGAUCGCUCGCCUCAAACAACCAAAGUAGUACUCUAUCGAGUGCUGCGGCGGGGAACAAGCGGUGGGACGUCGUACUCCUCGGAGGAGCCCUAGGGAGCGUGUUCUCGUUGUGUCAAUGUAUCAUCAGUCCUUCGCUCGGGUCGCUCUCGGACAAGUAUGGGAGGAAACCGAUCUUGUUGCUUACGAUGCUCGGGAACAUCCUCUCCGCCUUCAUCUGGCUGAAGAGCACGACAUUCUCGAUCUACCUGAUCUCCCGUCUUAUAGGCGGUCUUAGCGAAGGGAACGUACAGCUCUCGCAAGCGAUCAUCUCGGACGUGACGACCCCGGAGACCAGGUCGAAAUCGUUGGCGCUCGUCGGGAUCGCCUUUUCCGUGUGUUUCACUUUCGGACCGUCCAUCGGAGCUUACUUCGCCUCCCGCUCUCUACCUACCACAGCGUCCCCCAUCACCCCCGAUAAAAGCUCUAAACCAGUCCUCAAUGUCUACGCCUUCCCCGCGCUCGUCUCCCUCGUCCUCCUCUGCAUAGAGACGUUCUACCUAUACGUCUCCCUCCCAGAAACCCGGGGUUACAAGUCCCGUGUCGGCCUGAAAGACGUCCCUCAGGGGGGUCCGGGUGAAGAGCAGAAGAAAGAGGAGAAAGAGGGCGGUGUGAAGCGGGAGAGCGUGGAGGUUAGGAAAGAAAGACUGAGAAAGUUAGGAAGGCUGCAUGGGUUGUUUUUGCUCUUCUUCUCCGGGGCCGAGUUUACCUUGACUUUCCUCACGUAUGAUCUGUUCUUCGCUACUAAUAAGCAGAAUGGAAUGCUCCUAUCCUACAUCGGCGUCCUCUCAUCCCUGCUGCAAGGAGGUUUCGUCCGCCCCAGACUAUCGAAACACAAGACCUCCGAGCUCACGUUCACCCGACAAGGCAUCUACUCUUGCACCGUCUCCCUGGCCCUGAUGGCUAUCCUCCCCCUAACGGGAGUCAGGGAUUCAAGAUGGAGUUCCUGGGUAUUGUACGCAAUCGCUACAGGGUUGAGCUAUACGAGCGCAACGGCCGUGACGGGGAUGAUGGGCGCCGCGGCUGCUUGUUGUGAUGAUGUCGAGGACGAGGCGGAUCAACGAGGAAAGCUGCCUAGAGGAAAGGCACUCGGUCGGUUCAGGUCGGCAGGUCAACUGGGCCGAGCGAUCGGUCCUCUGCUAGCGACCACGACGUACUGGACGCAAGGGCCGUCUGUGACCUACACCAUCGGCGCUCUUGCAUUGGGAACCUUGGCAUGGAGCAUGGGCGGGAUGGUCUCGGAAGAAGUUCGAAGAAAGGCAGCAAACAAGUCGAGAUGAGAUUCCUUCGUCUAUGGAAUGUAUACAACAUGGGGACCACAACAAUGCAUAACAUCACUCGGCGAACG